AUGACGACAUCUGAGUUACCGCAGUGGCUGCAAACUGCUACUGAGAAGCGCAAGCUACGGGACGACGCUAUUCAGAAAUUUAUUGAUGCACAAGUACCGCUGCCCGAGCAACCCAAUGGAACCGGCGGAUCCCAUAGUAAUCAAGAUGUGACAGCCAUCGACGAUGUCCGACUCAUUCCAGAAGCCAUAAUGUCGCGUGCUGUGACGGCAUCGCUGCUGCUCAAUGCCUACAUCAACCGCCUUACCGAGAUCCUUUUUGACAAUGCGAUCAGACAGGCCAAAGCGUUGGAUGGUCAGUUCGAAAAGACUGGUCAAUUGGUAGGGCCCCUUCAUGGGGUGCCAAUGACCCUCAAGGAUCAGUUCGAUGUCAAAGGCUACGAUAGUACCCUUGGGUAUGUUGGGCGCGCCUCCAAACCUGCCCAGCAAGACUGCGUACUGGUGUCGCUUUUGAAGGAGAUGGGCGCGAUCAUCGUCGCCAAGUCCAACCUGCCACAGAGCAUUAUGUGGUGCGAAACCGACAAUCCGUUGUGGGGCCUCACUACUCAUCCGAAGAACGUCGACUUCACGCCUGGUGGCUCGACUGGCGGAGAAGCUACGCUUCUAUCACUCCAAGGCACUGUGGUCGGCUGGGGUACUGAUAUUGGCGGCAGCGUGCGAAUACCUUCACACAUGAACGGGUUGUACGCACUGAAGCCUAGUAGCACUCGCCUUCCGUACCAGGGCGUAUCCGUAUCAACUGAUGGUCAAGAACACGUUCCCUCGGUCAUUGGGCCGAUGACACGCAAUAUGAGUUCGCUUACUGCAGUCACAAGAGCAGUCAUUGACGCAAAACCAUGGGAACAAGACCCGAAGUGCUGCCCGGUACCAUGGCGAUCUGAAAUUUUCGAAGAUGCACGUACGCGACCGCUAGUAGUUGCUAUCAUGCGAGAUGAUGGGGUUGUGAGAUGCCAUCCGCCCAUCACCCGCGUUCUAGAUGAAGUCGCCGUAAAGCUUCAGAAGGCCGGACAUGAGGUUAUAUCGUGGACUCCCGGCACCCUCCAUCAAGAGUGUAUUGAUAUCAUGGAUCAGUAUUACACAGCAGACGGUGGUGAAGACAUCAGGCGAGACGUUGCCGCGGGUGGAGAGCCAUUCAUUCCGCAUGUAGAGGCUCUGGUCAACAGGGGAAAGGCCAUCUCCGUCUACGACUACUGGCAGCUGAAUAAGAAGAAGCUUGAGCUACAGAAGCGCUACCUCGACCUCUGGAAUUCGACAAAGUCUGACAGCUCUGACAAACCGAUUGAUGUCCUUCUCACACCUGUCAUGCCUCAUUCGGCGGUACCUCAUCGGAAAUGCAGAUGGGUUGGAUACACCAAAGUUUUCAACUUUGUCGAUUACCCGGCAGUAGUCCUGCCAGCUGGCAAAGUCUCGCAAGAGCUUGACAGGGAGGCUGCGAAGAAGAUGGGCGAGUAUGAGCCUAGGAAUACACUAGAUGAGUGGAACUGGAAGACCUUCGAUUUGGACACGAUGGAUGGUAUGCCGAUAGGCAUUCAAAUCGUUGCCAGAAGACUACAAGAGGAGAAGGCUCUAGGUGCAGCCACGGUUAUCGACAGCAUAUUGAAGAAGCAAGCCUAG